AUGGCAUUAAACCCCGCAUCACGUGAUGUUCAACGUCACAUUUCUCCCAUCCAAUCAGAAGAUCAGACCAGCGAUCCCAAGUUUAUGAACUUUAAAAUACAAAUUUCCAACACGCCAUGCUCCAAAGCUAAUACAGAAAAUUAUAUUAUUUUGGAGUAUUCAUCUGAAGAUAGUGAACAAAACCCCCCCACAAAUAUGACUCAACAGUUUUCUUUAAAUGAAACAAAGCUAACACUAUCUCAAAGGUUUACAAUGGAAACGACGUUUACAGAAGACCCUAUUCAAAAAUAUUCUUCAGAUAAUGCCAUGCUAGAUUGCUCUUCAGAUGGUACUAACCUAGGUUGCUCUUCAGAAAAUACUAGCCUAGAGUGCUAUACAGAAGAUACUAACCUAGGUUGCCCUUCAAAAGAUUUUAGCCUAGGUUGCUCUUCAGAAGAUACUAGCCUAGAGUGCUAUACAGAAGAUACUAGCCUAGGUUGCUCUACUGAAGAUACUAGCCUAGGUUGCCCUUCAGAAGAUACUAGCCUAGAUUGCUCUUCAGAUGGUACUAGCCUAGAUUACUCUUCAGAUGAUACUGUGCAAGAUUAUUCUUUAGAUGACAGGAUGCAAGACAACUCUUCAUCCAAUAUUAUACUUUCCAAUUCCCCAUAUCAAUCUGAUGAACAGGACAGUAAUUAUUCAAGCGACCUCGAAAUAGUUAUUGUAAACCCGGAAGCGGUGGCUACUUACGUAGCGUCCAUCUACACUGCAGCUUGUAACAACACACUGAACGCCAUAGACAAGAGCCGCAUCAACGAACAAAACAGCGCUGGGGAGACGCCGCUGAUGAUCGCCGUCAGAGAACAAAACCCCACGGUCGUCACAAUGUUAACACGACACGGCGCGGAUUUAGAAAUAAGUAAAGACCCAGACGGUAAAUUUACCGCCUUGUCUUUGGCAGGCGCGAAGGAAUACGUCGAUGUUGUUAAGACUUUAGUCGGUCUAGGAGCGCGCGUGGAUUGUAUCCAAUCUGGAACUAUUUUAAAUAUCGCACGAGAGAAUGGGUUUUUAGAAGAUAUUGUGUACCUUGAGAAUGAAUUCCGGCGUCAUGAAGGACUGGAAAGCUCGGCGUUGUAUCUCGCGGUCGAGGAAGGAGAUCUUGAAACGGUGCAGGCUCUGGUCAAAUGUGGGGCGGAUUUAGAUAAACUGGACAAGUUUGGCCAGACAAUCCUGCAGCGUGCCAUCAAUUCCCAGCACACGGACAUUGCCGAGUGUUUAAUUCAUGCUGGGGUAUACUUGGACAGCAAGGACUUUGAUGGGCAGACGGCCUUGACGCAAGCUUGUUUAAACGUUUUUGAAGGUCAGACUUUCGUUUCCGCUUUUGAUUUAGAUGAUGUAGAAAACGACGAUGGCAAAAAUGUAAAAUUAAUUCGUUUACUUCUUGAAAAAGGGGCCGAUCCUAACAUAAAAGAUACUCGUGGGAGGUCCUUGCUUUUCAGAUCUCUAGUAGAAAAUCAUCUUGAUGUGGCCAAUGUUUUGAUUGAAGGCAACGCUGACGUCAAUAUAGACAACGAAGUAGGAGAGACGCCAUUGAAUAUUGCUGUUGAUAGAAACGACACAGAUAUGAUAAAUAACUUGUUAAGAAAAGGGGCCGAUGUUAACUUAUGCGGAGGGAAAUUUCUUCCAAAUCCAAUCCGUGUGGCGGAAACAGGAAAUGUUGCGCUGAUGAAAUUGUUUCUACAACACAAAGCAGAUGUAGAUGUUACAGUAAAUGGGGUUAACGCCCUUUUUAUUUCCAUUGAGAAGAACGACACAGACAUGUGGGAACUUCUUGUGAGUAACGGGGCGGGGCUGGAAGCUUUCAACGCCCGGGGGGAGACGGCGUUGAUGAUGGCGGUUAAAGCUGGCAAUAUUGACCUGCUACGUCAUUUGGUGCAGCACGGAGCAGACGUUGAUUGUCUAAACAGCAGACGUGUCAGCGCUCUGUAUGAAGCCGUGAUACUCGGGAGCUGUGAAGCCGUGCAGCUUCUCGUGGAAGCCGGGGCCGCGUUAGAUACAGUUUAUUUCAAUGAUGGCUCCAUCCUACAUCAUGCUUUAAGAAAACAGAGAAAGGAUAUCGCGGCAUUGAUUGUUAAAACAAAACUAAAUACAAGAGAAGAAAUCGAUAUGUCUAGAACAAGUGACACAGACGAAUUCGACUUUAUCAAUGUUGUCAAUAGGAGAAUGCAGACUGCUUUACACAUUGCAGCCAGUAUAGAUAGUUGUUAUUUAGUAAAUUUGUUAACUGACGCUGGCGCUGAUGUAAAUAUGACAGAUGAUAAUAACAAAACCGCUUUACAAAUUGGUUUACACUUACGCAAUAUAGAUAUGGUGGAGAUAUUACUAGAAGCAGGGGCGGAUCCCAAUGUUUUAGAUGAACACGGGGACACGCCUCUGCUACACGUAGUAACCUAUAAUCCAGGUUUUCCUCUGAUUCGAUUAUUGGUCCAAUAUAAUUCCAAUGUAAAUUUACAAAAUAAACACGGUCAAACGCCGUUAAUGUUAGCUGUAGUACAAGGUAAAAUUGAAAUAAUUAAUCUGUUGCUUGACCAUGGCGCGAAGGUUGUACAAAAAAAUAAUUUAGGAUUAGCUGCAGUACAGCACGCCAUUUUUGAUAGAUCAAUGAUCAGGCUUGGGUCUUUGAUUCGCGCCGGGGCGGACAUCAGUGCCAGGAACUCAAUGGGAGAAACAUAUCUAAUUCAGUCAGUGAAACGUUUAGAACUAGAAAUGGUUGAUCUGCUGAUAAAAUCUGGAGCAAAUGUUAACGCACAGGACAGCGAAGGAAAAACUGCCCUAAUGUAUAAUACUGUCACACACCACCCGUGGUUUGAUAGAAUAGAAGAACUCUUGUUGUCGGCUGGUACCAAUGUGAACAUUCAAGACAACAAUGGAGAAACCCAUCUUAUACAAAUGGUGAAAAGUUUAAGAAUAGACACCGUUGACUUGCUGAUACCAUUCGGAGCUGACGUCAACGUACAGGACAACGAUGGAAAAACUGCUUUAAUGCACAACACUGCAACAUAUUCCCCAUAUUGUUCUAUGAUUGAAGAGCUCUUGUUAAAAGCUGGCGCUAACGUGAACAUGCAAGACAGGAAUGGAGAAACACAUCUUAUACAAAUGGUGAAACUGUCACAACCAAGUAUAGUUGACCUCUUGAUAUUUUCGGGAGCUGAUGUUAACGUACAGGACAACGAUGGAAAAACUGCCCUAAUGCACAAUGCAGCAAACCUUUUCCCAUAUUGUUCUAUGAUUGAAGAGCUCUUGUUGGUUGCUAGCGAUAACGUAAAUAUACAAGACAACAAUGGAGAAACCCAUCUUAUACAAAUGGUGAAACUUUCAAGAAUAGAAACCGUUGACUUGCUGAUAAAAAGGGGAGCUAAUGUUAACUUACAGGACAACGUAGGAAAAACCGCCCUAAUACACAACGCUGAAACACAUUCCACAAGUUUUUCUAGGAUUGAAGAGCUCUUGUUGGCGGCUGGCGCUAACGUGAACUUGCAAGACAAGAAAGGUAAAACGGCUUUAAUGUACACAGCCAAAUACGAAAUAUUUCACACCCAUUCGCAGUUACACACCGCGGAGAAUAUCAACAUCAACAUAGAGGACAACAAGCACAGGACGGCUUUGUAUUAUGCCUUUACAAACAAGAGAUCGACAUCAUAUGGACUGUUUCUCACAAAUACGAACGCGAAAAAAUUCAACGCUGAAAUUUUGUUAAAUUUGAAAAUCAACCCUGUCUUGAAAGUGGAUCAGCCGGUGUUUGAGAAAUUAUUGCAAAAGUCUGGUCUCUUAGCUGAGAAUAUCUCUGAUAUCAACCCAGUUGAAAGCAUUCGGUUAUGUGUGAGUAACGGCUAUAUGCACAAACACCAAAAGUACCACACUCUUUUCUCCAUGGCUUUGAAGUGUGACAAAGAAGACAUAAUAAAAUACCUGAUUUCAAACUGCUACCUAACCAAAACAGAUCUCCAAGAAAUGCGAGAUUAUCACAGAUCACCUGGUUCAGAUAACGAAGACGUGAAACUUGCAGCUUGCAAACCGUGGCCACUGGUGAAACUCGCCUUCAUCACCGUGUCCACCCACAUGGGGUUCGGCGCCAACAGAGCGCGGCGGAUCAAAAGUUUAGAACUACCCCUAGUUCUACAGGACGCUCUCAUGUUUAAAACUCCUAUAGCGAGGCUCGCUGAGAGAAAAUGGUCAGAGAUCCCAAUAUGUUUAGACCCUGUAAAAUACGAACAGUUGGAGAGUCCUCGACCUCUCUUGACUUUCUGGCCGUUCGGAUGUUAUCUCAGGUUGUAG